GCGCAGGCAGAAGAGGAAGGAAGAGGCAUGGCACUAACGUUAAAAGACAUACCGAACAUCAGCUGGAUAUUGGUGAAGGGGACACUCCGAUUUAUAUUUAUGGUCGCCAACAACCUGGUUGCGAUUCCGUCCUACAUUUUGUACCUCAUCGUCCUGCAACCGUUGAGGUUAUUUGACAGAAAACUGUUCUGGAGCGUGGAAGGAGUGAUGUUUCGAUGGCUGCUGGCGAUGGUAUCUUCGUGGGGCUGGACAGCAGGCUACACAGUGGUGGAGUGGGGAGAUGACGUGAGAGGAAUUACUGAAGAGGAAACCAUGGUCCUGGUGAACCAUCAGUCAACGGGGGAUGUCUGCACUCUCAUGAUGUGCCUGCAGGAUAAGGGAAAGGUGGUUCGCCGCAUGAUGUGGCUGAUGGAAUACGUUUUCAAGUUUACGAACUUCGGUCUCGUGUCCCUCAUCCACGGGGACUUCUUCAUCCGACAGGGCAAAGCUCAUCGCGACAAGCAGCUGGUGCUUCUCCGGCGGCACUUGGAAAAACACUACAGGAGCCGGGACAGGAAGUGGAUCGUCCUCUUCCCCGAAGGAGGCUUCCUGAGAAAGAGGCGGGAGACCAGCCAGCUGUUCGCCAAGAAGAACAACCUUCCACACCUGAAGCACGUCACCCUGCCCCGCCAGGGAGCCACCGAGGUCAUCCUGCAGACCCUGUGCACGGCCCACGAGAACGGGGCGGCCGGAGAUGCUAAUGGAGCAGUGACGAAAUCCAAAGGUCUUGAGUGGGUUAUAGAUAUUACCAUUGGAUAUCCUGAAGCUAAGCCAAUGGACAUCCAGACCUGGAUCAUUGGUUACCGAGCACCAACAGUCACCCACGUACACUAUAGGAUCUAUUCGAUCAAGGAUGUUCCCUUUGAGAGCGAGCCCCUGACCAGAUGGCUGUACCAGCGGUUUGUGGAGAAAGAGGAACUCUUGGCACACUUUUAUGAAACAGGAGCGUUCCCACCUCCCAAAGGUCAAACAACCGCAACUUCCAGACCUAUGACUCUUGAUCCGUUGUGGCUCUUCCUAAUACAAAUAAUGGGAUUUCUGUCAGGCUGCAUGUGGUACAAUGUUCUGCAGUAUUUGUAUCACUGCCUGGUGCUCUAGAAUUCUGGGACCUAUUAAACAUAUAUAUAUAUAUAUAUAAAUAAAUAUAUAUAUAAAUUAGGACUUUUAAGCCAAGCGCGUGUGUGUCACAGUGUCCGUGUGUGAAUGUAAAUGUUUCUUCAAGGGUGAUAUAAAAAAAAGGAUGGAUUGGUUGCCUGUCAUUUUUUGUCAAGAUUUUUAGACUCGGAUUUAAAAUAUUAAUGCAGAAUCAACAAACCUGCAACCUGGUGUUAGAGUUCUAAUGCGUUUACGUGGUCCUUAGGCACCUUCUCUGUUUAAUUAUGCUGCAUAUCGACAGACGUCCACUUCGAAGUGGGGUGGGGGGUGGGGGUGGAGGAUGGAUGAAAUCGCUGGAGAAUUCAACAGUGCAUUGAAAUAAGGAUCAUUGCCCUCUGCUUCAAAGGACAAAAUUGCCAUCGGACAAGACUGUCGUAAAGAAGCUCACAUCUCAUUCCUUUUCCCUUGAUAAAAUGACGAGGAACUCACCAACGACGGGACUGUUUUUUGUACGUUAACCGCGGAGUGACACGUGAUUUGCUUUCCAUAGCAUUUAUCGAUAUGCUUUGUUUUGAGGUUCGUUGCAAGCGGCUGGUCGAAGGCCUCUUAGCACUCUCGUGAUCGUAGGUCUUUUAAUUGUGUGAUUUCGCAACUUUGAACGUGGGUAAAUUAAGUAGGAAAGGUGAAAGACGCGUUUCGUUCUAGUUGUGGUGUAAUAUGGCGCAUAAAAUCCAAGUGAAGUUUAGUUGAAAUGACCAAAUACAGUGAUCCAGCCAAUCAUGUAGAAAGCACCGUUCGCAGCACUGCAGAACAGUGCAGCUGUCGAACAGCGUUGAAAGGACUUUGUUGAAAGAAGAUUUACGUAGGUAGUUUACACAAUGGAGUCGAAACG